CACUGCAGCAGCAGCCAGCCUCGCGGUCCGCGCACCUGUCGGCCGCCGCCUCUGCCGCAGCUUGCGAAGAUGACUGUGGAGAGGCCUGCGGGGGAUCCCGCGGGUGCCGAGCGGAGCCGCCAGGUAUUUCCCCCCAAAUCUUCCUCAGACACAGAGGCAGAAGAUGAGCAGUCUGGGGAAAAGCUGGUUUUGCCCAGGGCUGGAAAACUCCACGAGUUCCUUAGUUCAGAGGAGGAGACAGAUUCUACUUCUGACUCAACAGGGAGCUUUUAUGAGACUCUGCAGACUCUGAAGCAGAAAGGCAGGUGGGGUCUGCUAGAAUCCUUCUUUCAGUCUGACCCAAGCAGUGGUGAGAACGUCUCUGAAGAUGAGGAAGAUCUGAAGAGCUUCUUCUGGGACGUGGGCAGGGGGAAGCCGCAGGCCCAGGCCCAGGGCCCUUGGUCUCUGAGGCGCAGCAGCUCCCUGAGCAGCCUUCCCUCUGACGCUCCCAGGGCUCAGGCCUUGCCGACCUCAGACUCUGGGCCUCUCUCCCAGCACAGAAGUGUCUGCUCCUGGGCAUCCUCCAUUACUGUCCCUCAGCCAUUCCGCAUGACAGUGCGCGAGGCCAGGAAGAAGGCCCAGUGGCUGGCCUCGCCUGCCUCCUUCGAACUGGAGAGGCAGCAGGCCCAGAGGCAGGGCCAGGAGGAGGCCGAGUGCCACCGGCAGUUCCGAGCGCAGCCUGUGCCCGCGCACGUCUACCUGCCCCUCUACCCCGAGAUCGUGGAGCGCAGCGAGGCGCAGAGGCGCGCACGGAUACAGAAGAGGAAGGAGCUGCUACUCUCGUCUCUGAAACCUUUCAGCUUCCUGGAGAAGGAGGAGCAGCGAAAGAAAGCUGCUCGACACCGAGACUCAAGCGCCAUCACUGAGGACAAGGUCCCCCCGAAGAAGGCUGCCAAAAGAAUCCCCAAAGCCAUUUUGGAACCAGCCCUUGGGGACAAACUUCAGGAAGCUGAGCUCUUGAGGAAAAUUCGCAUCCAGAUGAGGGCUCUGGACAUGCUACAGAUGGCCUCCUCUCCUGUCAGCUCUUCUAGGAGCCGGGCUCACUCUCAGCCCCGCACAGCUACUCGAACCCAGAAGGAAAAGCUCAGCUUUCUACAGACCGACUUUGGAUUCCAGCCUCGGGUGAACCCAGUCGUCCCUGACUAUGAGGCCCUUUACAACGCCUUCCAGAGAAGAGCUGCCAAGAAGAGGGAGAGCCGGGAGACCACGCGCAACAAGCCCUUCUUGCUGAGGACUGCCAAUCUGUGUCAUGCCCCGCGGCCCUGUGAUGCGGCCAGCACUGGCAGGAGGAGGGAUUCUCCUCAGCCAACAGCUACACCCCGGCCAAGGAGUCAUUCUCUGAGUGGCCUUGCUUCUCUUUCUACCAACACCCUCCCUGUGCACAUCACAGAUGCUACUCGGAAGAGGGAAUCUGCAGUCAGAUUGUCACUUGAAAAAAAGGACAAGGAAGAUAAGAGUAUUCAGUGGUUGGGAAUGCACAAAAAGAAGUGUCAAGCCAUGUCUAAAUCCGUGACCUUGCGUGCAAAAGCCAUGGAUCCCCACAAAAGCCUGGAGGAGGUGUUCAAAGCAAAACUUAAAGAGAACCGGAACAAUGACCGUAAAAGAACUAAAGAGUAUAAGAAAGAAUUGGAGGAGAUGAAGAAGAGAAUACAAACAAGACCCUACCUCUUUGAACAAGUUACAAAGGACCUUGCCAAGAAAGAAGCAGAACAACGGUAUCGAGAAACCCUGCAGCAGGCUGGACUGGAGGAGGACUUCGUGAGGAGUCAAGGCACAGGGGCUGUACAAAGCAUCUAUGAAUCUCCGAAACUCACCCUCAGAGAUCCCCAGCAGGACUUAGAAGAAUCUUAACAGCAGCCUACCUACCCCAAGAACAACGUGGAGGAUCACCACUUGUUUAAGCAGUUCACUUAAUAUUAUUCCUGCAUCUGAACACCAAGCAGCUAAGGGCUGAAUCAAGGCAGGCAAGACUCUAGCUUUUUUUUUUUUUUUUUUUU